AUGGCUCCUCAUCAUCAUCCUCCUCCUCUCAUCUCCAUUUUCUCCUCCCAGUUCCCCCCUUUGAGCGGAGGGGGCAAGUUUUCAGGCAGUGUCCGAUGACUUUGCGUGGUGGCGGCCCCUCUAGGGGUCGCCUUUGGCCUCAGAUUUUGGUGGCAUUGGCCUUAGUUGUUGUUGCUAGCAAUGUAGGUUCAACACAUGCUGAUCCUUACAUCUACUCUUCUCCUCCACCACCUCCUUAUGUCUACAAGUCUCCUCCGCCGCCGUCGCCUUCACCACUGCCUCCUUAUGAGUAUAAGUCUCCACCACCUCCAUCACCGGCGCCGCCACAUCCGUACUACUACAAGUCCCCACCACCGCCAUCUCCGUCGCCUCCACCACCCUACUACUACAAAUCUCCACCUCCUCCUUCUCCGGUUCCUCCCAAGCCUUACUACUACAAGUCUCCUCCACCACCUUCACCAUCUCCUCAUCCACCUUACUACUACAAGUCUCCGCCACCUCCGGAAAAGUCUCCACCACUACCACCACCAUAUUACUACAAAUCUCCUCCACCUCCACCACCUAAGUCCCAUCCACCUCCAUACUACUACACUUCUCCCCCACCUCCGAUGAAGUCUCCGCCACUACCACCACCAUACUACUACAAAUCUCCUCCACCUCCACCGCCCAAGCCCCACCCUCCUCCAUACUACUACACUUCUCCCCCACCUCCGAUGAAGUCUCCGCCACUACCACCACCAUACUACUACAAAUCUCCUCCACCUCCACCGCCCAAGUCCCACCCUCCUCCAUACUACUACACUUCUCCACCACCACCUGUCCAUUACCCCCAUCCUCAUCCCCACCACCACCCAUUGGUAGUCAAGGUGGUCGGAAAAGUCUACUGCUACAGAUGCUAUGACUGGAAAUACCCAGAGAAGUCCCACGACAAGAAGCACCUCAAAGGUGCUGUUGUGGAGGUGACAUGCAAGACAGGUGGCAAGAAGAUCGUGGCCUAUGGUAAGACAAAGAUCAAUGGCAAAUACAGCAUCACCGUUGAUGGAUUUGACUAUGGUAAAUUUGGAGCCAAGUCUUGCAAGGCUAAACUCCACGCCGCCCCCAAGGAUUCGCCAUGCAACAUCCCAACUGACCUACACAGUGGCAUGAAGGGUGCCAAGCUCAAAGUCAAGUCCAAGGACGAGUCUGAAGUUGUGCUCUAUGCUAAGCCUUUUGCUUAUGGGCCCAAGACUCCUUUCAAGGAAUGUGAGAAGCCCAAGCCUGAGCCCAAGCCCCACCCACCCUACAUCUACAAGUCACCACCACCACCAUUGCCUCACUACUAUUACAAGUCACCUCCUCCGCCAUCGCCUUACCACCCACCAUACUACUAUAAGUCACCACCACCUCCUUCGCCAUCUCCUUUACCACCGUAUUAUUACAAAUCUCCUCCACCUCCAUUACCGCUACCUCAUCCACCUUAUUAUUACAAAUCUCCUCCACCUCCAUCACCGCUACCUCAUCCACCUUAUUAUUACAAAUCCCCACCUCCACCAUCACCCACACCUCACUACUAUUACAAGUCACCCCCUCCACCAUCACCUUACCACCCACCAUACUACUACAAGUCACCACCACCUCCUUCCCCAUCUCCUCUACCACCAUACUAUUACAAAUCUCCCCCACCUCCAUCACCACUACCUCAUCCACCCUACCAUUACAAAUCCCCACCUCCGCCAUCACCACUACCUCAUCCACCCUACUAUUACAAAUCCCCCCCUCCACCCUCACCAGAGCCUCAUUACUAUUACAAGUCACCUCCUCCACCAUCACCCUACCACCCACCAUACUACUACAAGUCUCCACCACCUCCUUCCCCAUCUCCUCUACCACCAUACUAUUACAAAUCUCCCCCACCUCCAUCACCACUACCUCAUCCACCCUACUAUUACAAAUCCCCACCUCCGCCAUCACCAAUCCCUCACUACUAUUACAAGUCACCUCCUCCACCAUCACCCUACCACCCACCAUACUACUACAAGUCUCCACCACCUCCUUCCCCAUCUCCUCUACCACCAUACUAUUACAAAUCUCCCCCACCUCCAUCACCACUACCUCAUCCACCCUACUAUUACAAAUCCCCACCUCCGCCAUCACCACUACCUCAUCCACCCUACUAUUACAAAUCCCCCCCUCCACCCUCACCAGAGCCUCACUACUAUUACAAGUCACCUCCUCCACCAUCACCCUACCACCCACCAUACUACUACAAGUCGCCACCACCUCCUUCCCCAUCUCCUCUACCACCAUACUAUUACAAAUCUCCCCCACCUCCAUCACCACUACCUCAUCCACCCUACUAUUACAAAUCCCCACCUCCGCCAUCGCCAUCUCCUCUACCACCAUAUUACUACAAAUCUCCUCCACCUCCCUCACCCUCUCCCCAUCCACCAUACUACUACAAGUCCCCACCACCACCAUCUCCAUUACCUCAUCCACCCUAUUAUUACAAAUCCCCACCUCCGCCAUCGCCAUCUUCUCUACCACCAUAUUACUACAAAUCUCCACCACCUCCCUCACCCUCUCCUCAUCCACCAUACUACUACAAGUCCCCACCACCACCAUCUCCAUUACCUCAUCCACCCUAUUAUUACAAGUCUCCUCCUCCACCGUCUCCAUCUCCCCUACCACCAUACUACUACAAAUCUCCCCCACCUCCAUCACCAGUGACUCAUCCACCCUAUUAUUACAAAUCCCCACCUCCACCAUCGCCAUCUCCUCUACCACCAUAUUACUACAAAUCUCCACCACCUCCCUCACCCUCUCCCCAUCCACCAUACUCCUACAAGUCCCCACCACCACCAUCUCCAUUACCUCAUCCACCCUAUUAUUACAAGUCUCCUCCACCACCAUCUCCAUCCCCAACACCACCAUACUACUACAAGUCUCCACCACCUCCAUCACCAUCUCCUCUACCUCCAUACUACUACAAGUCUCCACCUCCACCAUCCCCAUCUCCUCCUCAUCCAUACUACUACAAAUCUCCCCCACCACCAUCGCCAUCUCCUCCUCAUCCAUACUACUACAAAUCCCCACCCCCGCCAUCACCAUCACCACCACCACCCUACUAUUACAAGUCUCCACCCCCACCUUCGCUAUCUCCUCCACCAACUUACUAUUACAAGUCUCCACCACCGCCAUCCCCAUCUCUUCUUCCACCAUACCACUACAACUCUCCCCCUCCCCCAUCACCAUCUCCUCCUCCCCCAUACCACUACACAUCACCUCCCCCACCUGUGAAGUCACCUCCUCCCCCAGUCUACAUGUACGCAUCUCCACCACCUCCAACUCAUCCAUACUAAGCAUAGAAAGCUUUGCCACUUCCGCUUGCCAUUCAUUUCCAAGUUUUAAUUUCAACAAUGGAAUAAAGGAAGGCUCUACCAGGAGAGGAUUCAAUAAGCAAGCUUCCAAUACAAUCCCGUUCAAUAAGGGUCUGAGAAUUGCAUCUGAGAGCUUGAACCUUUCUAACUCAGACCAAAUUGCUUCUACUUCUGUGGUGGCCAUCCUACACAUUAUGCUCUUGUUGUGUUCAAGUGUUAGUGGUCGGCUUCAAAAGGUUUCCUGGGGAAAAUAAAAUCAGUAAAUGAGAUUGGAGACACAGCUAGGGUUUGCAAAUGGCAGUUUCAGCUUCAGUUUGCUAGUUCCUUUUCAAUCCCUCAUGUUUUUUUAGGGUGUCUGUUUAAGUUAUGAAUGUAUAUUGUAUUAUUGCCUUGUGAGAUUGAGCUUCUAUUUAUUAAGGACAUCCAUAUGUUUCCUAGAUUUUCUUGUGCUUUGUGCACCAAGGUUGUUCAUCCCAAUAAAGAACAUUUUCUGUCACAAA